AUUUCAUUGGCCAGUGAGAACAUAUCUCAAGCAUGGGAAAUAUUUUUGCUAACCUCUUCAAAGGCCUUUUUGGCAAAAAAGAAAUGCGUAUUCUCAUGGUUGGUCUGGAUGCUGCAGGAAAGACUACCAUUUUGUACAAACUAAAACUUGGUGAAAUAGUAACUACUAUUCCCACUAUAGGUUUCAAUGUAGAAACAGUAGAAUACAAGAACAUUAGCUUCACGGUGUGGGAUGUAGGUGGUCAGGAUAAGAUCAGACCACUCUGGCGCCAUUAUUUCCAGAACACACAAGGUUUGAUUUUUGUGGUUGACAGUAAUGACAGAGAACGAGUGAAUGAGGCCAGAGAAGAGCUUAUGAGAAUGUUGGCAGAAGAUGAGCUUAGAGAUGCUGUCUUAUUAGUGUUUGCUAACAAACAGGACCUGCCUAACGCGAUGAAUGCAGCAGAAAUCACAGACAAACUUGGACUGCAUUCUCUUCGUCACAGGAACUGGUAUAUCCAGGCAACCUGCGCCACUAGUGGAGAUGGUCUCUAUGAAGGACUGGACUGGUUGUCCAAUCAGCUCCGAAACCAGAAAUGAAACCAUAAACCUUCCUCUUCCCUCUUUUUCCACCCUCCCUCUUAUUUCCUCCUAUUCGCCCUUCGCUUUACUCUAAUGUGGCAAACUGUGCUACUUUGUGGUAUUGAGUGCCGGAAGCUGUUUUCAUUUCUUUUGUCACAGUAUAUAUUGCACCAUGCUGUAAAUGUGGCAAAUACAAGCCUGAAAACAGUUAGGUUUCUUAUUUAAUGUAAAUAGUUUUUGUUUCCAGUGAGGCAGUUUCUGGUACUCCUAUGCAAUAUUACUCAGCUUUUUUAUUGUAAAGAAUCAACUCACUGUUUAGUACUGGGAAGGGAGUUCAGUGGAUUAACAUGGGUUGCCAGUGGUCAGCAUGCAGUAGAGCUGAGUACUAUCUCUAUUGGGUUGUGAGAUCUGUGAGAUCCAUUUUGAUGGUUGGUUUUUAACCUGAAAUCUGUAUUUUUUAAAUAGUCAAAGAAAAGUAAAAACACUUAAGCGCAUGAGCAUGUUUAACACAGCUUCUGCGGUUCGACCUGGAAUACCAGUUAUUUUAAUUCUUGUGAACGUUGAAGCGGUGAUGACACCAUCCAAGCUUCAGCUGGGUAAAAUACAGAUUGAUGUGCAACUGCUACAUCUCUGGAUCUUUCUAGAGUUCAUAAUGUUUGUGUUCAUAUUUAUUCGUACGUGGAGACUUGUUCAAAGGUUUGUCUGAGCUGGUCCAAAACAUUUUGCAAACAAAUUUCACGUUGCUUAAAACGCUAAUGUACUUUGGUUUCAGGUAAGGUUGAUGCGACUUCCAUCAGACUUGAAUAAUUCCUGGAAGGGUCACAUUUUUAGCCUGUUAGAUUCUGUCAUCCAAAGUGUUUUGUACUUUUCUCGUGUGUAAACCACUCCAGAAGGCAAACCUUUCCACAGAAAGCACAGCCUAUUAGUCCUAAGCUCUAUAGACAGAAAGUACUGUACUUAAGUAAAAUGCCAUGAAAAAAACACCAAACAUCUAUGUAUAGUGUCUAGAAAAAAGCAUGAGAGUUUGGAGUCAUUCCAUUCUAGAAGUAUUCAAUCUCAUUUUGGAACAAUCCCAUAUCUGUAUAUGUGUGAAAACCCUUGGCAUCCCUCAUUACUGCAAGGUUCAGAUUUGCCAUCAGAAAAAAGACCUCUUUACUUUUCUUUUGUAUUUUGAUAAACACUGAAGAAGCUGGAGCUGUUGAAAACUUUAACUUGAGGAACUAUCAGAACUGGUUUGUUUAGUGUUGUGGAAACCUUUAUUGCUUUCAAUACACAGUUAGUAAUCAACUGUUUUGUAUACUUGUUUUCAGUUUUCAUUUCGACAAACAAGCACUGUAAUUAAAGCUAUUAGAAUAAAAUCUCUUAACUAUUUCAUGUUUUUUACGCCUUGCUGUUUAUUCGAUCACCUUGGCGGAAUCAUAAUGAGAAUACUUGUUGAAUAAAAUGUUUCAUGAAACUUG